AUGCGUGAGAUUCUUCACAUCCAAGGUGGGCAAUGUGGGAACCAGAUCGAAGCGAAGUUCUGGGAAGUGGUGUGUGCCAAACAUGGCAUAGAUCCAAUUGGGAAGUACCAGGGAGACUCAAAUCUACAGCUAGAGAGAACCAACGUAGCAAGCUACGGUCGCUAUGUUCCUCGUGCUGUUCUCAUGGAUCUGAAACCUGGUACCAUGGACAGCAUCGGAUCUAGUACCUACGGCCAGAUCUUCUUCGUUUUCGGCCAAUCAGGCGCUUGUAACAACUGGGCCAAAGGCCAUUACACUGAAGGUGCUGAACUCAUCGAUUCAGUUCUCGAUGUGGUUCGUGAAGAGGCUGGUAACAACUGGGCCAAAAUUAGAGAUUGUUGUACAAGCUAAAACUAAAACCCCGA